UCGGUGUGAAGGCAUCACACGGUGCUUGUGGCGAUUGUGACUGUCGAUUUAGUGGUGACCGAUAAAGUCAAAUCGAUCUUGUUAACUUUGCAAAGGGCCAAUAUUUCAUUUGGAUAACAUUAAUCACUGUCUUGGAACUGUCCAGUAACGCUCCAUCCCUCUGUCAUAAACAUCAAGAGCCACAGGCCAGCAUGAUGGAGCAGGACAGACCACAGGAGAGGAGCUCAGAUCAGGGACAGGAGAUGUCAGAGGAUACCUUCCUCAAAGAUCUCUAUCUCUUCAUGAAACAGAGAGACACUCCCAUAGAAAGAAUACCUCAUCUAGGCUUCAAACAGAUUGAUUUGUUCCUGAUGUACAAGACAGUAAAAGACCUGGGAGGCUAUCAACAGGUUACUGCGCAGCAGUUGUGGAAAAAGGUUUACAGCAUUCUUGGCGGAAAUCCGCGCAGCACCAGUGCAGCCACCUGCACUCGCAGACACUAUGAAAAGCUUCUACUUCCUUAUGAGUGUCACCAAACUGGUUAUGGGAAUGAUAUUGUCUUCAGGGCCCCUCGAAUACAAAAACGCUUCCACCCCACCAGUUACAAUGAUUUUGAGCAUGAAUACCCCAGGAGUGGCAAACGGGUGGAUUUUUGUCGCAUCCCACCAUUCCAGACUUCUCCAAACAUGUAUACGGACCAUCAAAGACAGAUUUUUACCAUGCCUUUGAACGUUACUCCAUACUUCUCACACAACAGUACAUCUCUACCCAAAUACAUCCCUACUCGUGAGUCCACACUGCCCCACCUGGGCCUCAACCCACAAGAUCUUCCCCGAACACCUGCUUCGUAUUUGGCUGCACCGGUUCAUAGCUCCAAAGAGCCACUUGACAGGCUACGUUUUCUGGCCAAAGAGUACAAUUUAUCAGCGGGUUGGGAAGAGCCUCUAAACCUCAGUCAGAAAGAAAACAAACUUGAGACCUUCAGCGACACUCCAUCAUCGUUCGGUCCACCUUCUUCUAAAAAGCCCAAGUUCCUCAAUAAAGCCUCUCCUCUUUACCCUCCAAGGGGUUUGAAAACUGAAGAAGGGGCAGAAGACGACGAAACAGUGGAAGGAACUUCCGAGAGAAAAAGUCCAGGCCCUGUCCAAGCAGGACCAAGCCCGGUAUUAUCUGAUGUCAUUGAUCUUACUUGCUAUUCAAGUGCCAAUCCAGUCCCACGUAGAGCAAGUCCUCCUUCGGUUCAUCUCUUCAACCGUAGAGUGAACCACCCGGAAGCAUUCGCUAUGAAACAGCAAGAGCGAGACCUACAUCCAGACUGGCUGAAGGAAGAGCCUUCGAGUACAACCACACCCAACUUAGGGCUCUUAAACCAAAGUAACUCCCUCAGACACCCACCCCUAGAACCAAAUGGGAACAUGGAGAUUCAGAUUUCUCUAAAGCUUCUACAGGAAUUGAUUAGGAGAGGACUUCUCUCCAGUCCAGCACUUACUGGAGAAGGGCCAGCAUCUCAAGAUUCAACCAAAGUGGAAGUACCACCUGAGCCCAAGUUCCAAGAGAGAUCAUACUCAGAAACCUCUGAAAGUUCUACGAAGGAUAAGGAGCCGGCCAAUUUUAGCCUGAAAAGCCAUUUGAGAAAACUUUCUGAUGCAAGCCAGCAAGAUGGCCGUAUGAAGAAGCACAGAUCCUUUAUCAGCAAUGGUCUCACAGAAGAAACAAAGCCACAGAGCAUGAUCAGUUCUUUUCAGAUGAACGGCCCUUUUAAGCCCUCCUUUGACAGGGAUAGCACCCCAAAGCCCCAUCACCUUAAACAAGUUCCUAUGAUAAGCAACCAAGAACGUUUGAGCCCUAGAUCUCCCACUUACAUUGAAGACACUCCGCUCUCUUUGACUAUGAAGUCUGGAACAAAGUCAGAGAAAGUGGUGGCAACAUCUCCCAAUGAGGCAAAUGAAAUGCCUUCCUCCUCUCCUUUGAUACAGGUGACAACCAAUCAACUCAAUCUACUUCUGGCAAACCUUCCCUAUAGACUGGAAAGAGGGCAGACAUUUUAGGAUUCUGUACAUUUGUACAUUACGAGACGUUCAUUACGUUCUUGCCCCUGCUCGAUGUCUUAAUCUUGCCAAAUCAGCCUCUUUCUUUUUGUUGCACCACUCGAGAUUUUGUGAAAAGAUGAAGUGACAAGAGAAAUGGAGGCUAGACAUUUUUGAAAAGUAAGCUUCUGUCUUCAAUUGUAGCAUUAAAGCCAACCUGGUCUCAUAGAAUCACAUUACUGUACCUAAAUUUUUGCAAAAUGAUUUUUACGUGCAUCGUUGUAGGCCUAUAUGUAACGCAGUAGUUUCAUUAGAGGCGAUGCAAUAACAAUGCCUUUUAUUUCCUUUCACUCAAAUUACAAGUAAAAGGCAGAUUAUCCGUUCAUAUUCACUUACUUUUCGACCUGUCCAUCACACAAUGCUAUCUUAUGAUAGCUAAAAACUUGUAAGGUGAUUCAUUUCAACAAUUGCAUUACAUGACCAACUACACUUACAAGCUGGGAUACGAGUUUUGAAGAGCAUGCAAGUCGACAUGUGAGUUGAAAGUGUCAUAGAAGCACCACAAAAUAACAUGGUUGCUUCAGCAAUUGUGCUUUUCAUCUCACAUUUACUUUUUAUUACACUAUUAGUUUGACUUAGGUUUAAGGUUUAGGAUAGGGAGGUCAGUUUUGUUGAUUUACAACUCAAAGCAUUAACCUUAAAAACCUCAUCUAUUUUUUCUUCUCAGGUUUGCUUUUCAUGACGCUAUUGGUUAGGUUUAGGUUAGGGAGGUAGGUUUUGUUAACUCGCUUUUAGCACUGCACUGUAGAAAUAUCACCUCAGAACUGCCACGAUAAGUGUAAGGAAUCACUUAAUAUAAUUUUGUAAAAAUGCUGCCAGAGAUCUGGCUGAUUAAAGCACUGUCCACUCGCAGUCAAGUCACAGAAUUAGAUGUGACAGUCUGAUUUUCAUUGAUUUAAUAUUUUGUAUAAUAUUUACUGUAUAUAAGCCUGAUAAGCGUUGGAUCAGGAUAUUUUUUACUUCUCUUUCUUUCUAUUUUCAAAAUAGAAGUACCACUUAAUAGUUCUUUGGGUGAUUUGAUAUGUUGUUCAGUGAAUAUUUACUGUACAUUUACAAUAAUAAAUGUCCAACCUUGAUUAUGUUUUAAGCAAUGGUGAACACCUACCUCUGUGUCUACCUCUUGCCCCUUCACAGGUGAUGCCUUAAUAGCUCUUUUCACAUUUGUGUGAUUUUCCCUAUUGUUACAGCUACUGACUUUUUGUUUUUAUGUUUUCUGCAACUAUGUUGGACUGUGUAAUUUACAACUAUGUAAAUUCUUUAGCAAGAGAGUUUAUAGAAGUAAUUGUAUGAAGAGGCACUUAUCCUUUGGCAGCAAAGUGUGAACCUACUAAAGUUGAUACUGUGUUCAUGAAAUAUUUUACAAUUCUUAUUUCUUUAAUGAUAACAGAGUUUGUACACUGUUCUCACAAAUGCUUUAACCUCUCCUACAAACAAUAAAGUUUUUUUUUUUUUUUUUUGUCAAAUA